UUUCAUCUCUGAUCUUUUCAACUUACUCUAGUAGUACGAGUACUACUAUACUAUAACUACUACAUUUAUAUAUAUCUUUAAAACCAAACAAAAUAUUGAAUUUACGGUUUUGCUUUGAGUAGGAUUAAAAGAUUUCUAUCACAAGAACUUAACAAUUUAGAGACAAUAUGGUUCAUCGUUUGAAGAGAGGUCCAUGGAAACCAGAAGAAGACAAAAAGCUCUUAGCCUAUAUCCAACAACAUGGCCAUGGAAGCUGGCGUUUGGUGCCCAAAAAAGCUGGUCUCCAAAGAUGCGGAAAAAGCUGCAGAUUGAGAUGGACAAAUUAUCUUAGACCAGAUAUUAAGAGGGGAAAGUUCACAUUACAGGAAGAAAGAACAAUCAUUCAACUACAUGCUCUAUUAGGAAACAGGUGGUCAGCAAUAGCCUCUCACUUGCCAAACAGAACAGAUAAUGAGAUAAAGAACUACUGGAACACUCAUCUGAAGAAAAGGUUGACUACGAUGGGUAUUGACCCAGUCACCCAUAAGCCUCUAAAGCACACUCUCCGCUCAGUCGCCGCUGACCCAAAAGACGUUUCCAAGCUCAGCCACAUAGCUCAGUGGGAGAGCACGAGGCUCGAAGCGGAGGCUCGGCUUGUUAGAGAGUCAAGGCUCCUUAGAGAAAUAGACGAGAGAAACAGUAAUAAGAGUAACACUAGUACGCCGUCCGAUAUACUCGCCGCCACGUCGGAUGAGAUACUGAAGAAGAUGCCCACCACAUUCGCUCCGCCGCGGUGCUUCGACAUUUUGAAAGCGUGGGAGAGCCGUCUGUUCUUUUCGAAAAACAAAGAAAGAAGUGAUCAUCGUGACCGUACAUUUAAUAACACUAGUAUUAACGGUGGUGGUGAAGCGAGAGCCAGCUUAUCCUUUGGUUUCACUGGUAGUACUACUGAUACUACUGCUGAGCUUAGCUACAUGACGGCGCCGUCAAGCCGUACUAACGGAGGGUCACCGUUAAGAUUUGACGAGAUAUUCGAGAACUGGGACGGCGGCAGUGAUGAUUUAUUUUCAGAGCAGGUGUUCAGCACGCGCCUCAUGGAAGCUGAAAUUAAUCCAGCGAUAUGUAAUGAUCAUCAGGACAUUGGGAAUCACACUGAAAGAGGCAUUUGCGAUGUGCAAUAUGAAGUGAACAGGAACCAUUGGAAUGGGGGUAUUUAAUAAUGGCUAUUUGUUGAAUAAUUGUUGACCCUCAAAUUUACCCGUGCUCUAAACUAGUUUGAUUUGAAACUUUGUCUCAUGUGUGCAUGUCCUAUUUUAAUGAAUCAAACGAAGCAACUUAAUUAAAAUAUUAUAUUUCUUAUAUUCUAUGUUUAAAAGAUUAUUAAACUUAGUUAUUUUAAUUAUGGGUGUUCAUCAAGAUGUAUACACGCUACAAACUAUCCUCACUACACAAAAAUAGCACCUUGAAAUCUUUAUAGUGUUGUGGUUUGUUUCGCAGCGUGUGGUGCACUAUAGUUUGCGUAUUAAAUUUAUUAAUCACAGUUUAAAUCAA